GGCCACACUAUAAGAAUUCCACGACCCGGCUGGCACCUAUUUAGUUUAUUGCAACUUUUAUACAAAAUAAACUGUCUGCAGGUGGAAAAUUAUAGUCAGAAUCACUGGAGACAAUGGCGCAGGCCAUCAAGAAGCCGCACACCGGCUCCUACGUGGAAACCGUGGACGGAGCGCCGCCGAUAAAGAAGUUGCGACUCCAAACAGGAACGUCGGCCGAUACCAAGGGUAAAGCAGCCGGACCGGAGAGGAAACUGCUCGCGAUCAGCCAGCUAGAUGGCUAUGUGGCCGCUAUACCACCAGGACCCAUACCUGUGGGGGCUCCGAUGCCGCUGGGGGUGCCAUUCGUGCUUGCCAAUCCGCCGCCACAAACGGUCGUGGUCCCGCCGCCGGGUACUAAUCGCGACUUGUUGGAUCUCCUGGUCAAAAUCACCGAUGAGAUAUCCUACGAAGAUGUGGACUUGGCGGAGCUGAAGGAAGUCGCCAGCAAGAUCUUCCAGCUGUUCCAGGCGCAGGAAAAGGACAGUGAUACCUCUGUGAGAGUAAAGCUGCUGGAACUGCUGUCCGGGCUGGGCUGUGAAUGCAACUCGGAACAGGGAGUUUGCCUAAUCAUUGACUUCUUCAUUUACUUGCUGCGGAAGGAGACGUCCCAGAAGGUACUGGCCCAGGGCAUGAUGUGCCUCUACAGGAUUGGCCAGCGCCGGAAGCACCUGGUCCCCAUGGCCUACAACACUCAGGUGGCGCACCUCGCCAAGGAGCAGCUACGUUCGGGGUCGACGCACACCCAGAAGAACGCCAUGCUGGUGAUCGGAGGCUUUGCUACCAAAUCGGAAGGCGAACGGCAUUACGUUUGGAAACUUGCCUUCUACAUUGAUUCUCAGGACUCGGGUGUCCGGGCCCAGGCUCUGCACGCUCUGCUGACCCUCGGCGAGCGCGGAUCCCUACUUCCAGCCGUGCUCUACAAACGCGCCGUGGAGGCCAUGAAGGAUGACUACGAAACGGUGCGAAUGGAGGCUCUCCGGCUGGUCUAUAUGCUGGGCAACCGACACCCAGACUACGUGAUAGCCUCGGAGCGCCAGCAGGAGGACAUACGGAUGAUAGACGCCGCUUUCAGCAAGGUGUGCGAGUCCCUGUGCGACCUCUCGCUGCAAAUCAGGGUGCUCGCGGCGGAGCUGCUUGGCGGCAUGACGGCCGUCAGUCGGGAGUUCCUGCACCAAACGCUGGACAAGAAGCUGAUGAGCAACCUGCGCCGAAAGCGGACCGCCCACGAGCGCGGCGCCCGCCUGGUGACCAGCGGCGAGUGGUCCUCCGGCAAGCGCUGGGCGGACGAUGCGCCCCAGGAGCGACUGGACGCCAGGAGCAUUUCGAUCAUUGCCAGCGGUGCCUGUGGCGCCCUCAUCCAUGGCCUGGAGGAUGAGUUCUUGGAGGUGCGCACUGCAGCCGUCGCAUCCAUGUGCAAGUUGGCACUAUCUCGACCGGACUUCGCAGUCACCAGCCUGGACUUCCUGGUGGACAUGUUCAACGACGAGAUCGAGGAUGUGCGGCUGAAGGCCAUCUACAGCCUGACGGCCAUAGCGCGGCACAUAGUGCUGCGCGAGGACCAGCUGGAGAUCAUGCUCAGUUCUCUGGAGGAUUACUCGGCCGAUGUGCGCGAGGGUCUCCAUUUGAUGCUCGGCGCCUGUCGGGUGUCGACACAAACGUGCCUGCUGAUGGUGGUGCAAAAGCUGCUGGACGUCCUGGCCAAGUAUCCGCAGGAUCGCACCUCCACCUACGCCUGCAUGCGCAAAAUCGGCCAGAAACAUCCUCAUCUGGUCAUGGCCGUGACCGUUCACCUGCUCUACGUGCAUCCCUUUUUCGAGACGCCCGAACGGGAUGUCGAGGAUCCAGCGUACCUGUGCGUCCUGAUUUUGGUCUUCAAUGCUGCGGAGCACCUGGUGCCCAUCAUCAGCCUCCUGCCGACGGCCACGCAUCGGCACUACGCCUAUCUGAGGGACUACAUGCCGAGCAUGGUGCCCCAGCUGCCCAUCGAAGGCGCGUCAUCGUCCUGCGCCACUCACAGAAUCGAUGAUGCAGUGCGCCAGGCGGGCAGCUCGUCGGAAUACCUUCAGAUGAUACUCAGCCACAUUGAGGAGAUCUUCACCAUGACCGACGAGCGGGUGGAGCUGCUGCAAACGGCUCAGAGUAAUCUCCAGCGCCUGGGAGCCAUCGAUGCAGGCAUGUAUGGUACCUCAAACUUCCUGGAGACAUUCCUUGCUGCCCAAAUCCAGAUCGAGCAAAUGCAGCGGUGUGCCAGCACGCAACGGAACCGGGUUCCAGUGAAGGAGUCCCUGGCGACUCUCAUCCGAAACUGCCUGAAGCUGCAGCACACAUUCUCCGGCCUCAAUUACGGCGACAUCCUGCAGGUGAAGCAGCUACGUCUGAGGGCUUGUGCCCUCCACCUUGUCCUGGUGGUGAGAGAUCGGUCCCAAAGCGCCCUGGGACCUUGCCAGAUGCUUCUGCAGACUGCCGGCGAUAUCAGUGAGUUCAUCAAGGCCAAUUCCAAGGAGGACGAAGAGACACUACUCCCACCUGCGCUAAUGGGAUCACUAAUGUCUCAGGUGGACUCCGAGAAACCCCAGGCGGAGGGCGCUGCAGGAGGCGAUCCGCAACCCGACAGCUUUACGCGCCAGCUGCUAAGCAAACUGGACGCUAUUUCGGAUCCCAAACCGGGUCGGGUCUUCCGAGAGAUCCUGCCGCUGGUCCAGCAAGCGCCGCCCCUGGCCUUGCCGCGUGCCAACGAUAAGAUCCGGCGGUGUGUGGCCAAUAUAUUGGAGCCCUGCCCGUUGCAGUCGCAGGAUAAUGUGAUUAAGGUGACAGCCGGACUGAUUGCAGCCGUGCCCUUUGUGGCGGAGAUCGAUAACUUGUUGGAGUCGCAAAAGGCCGACAUGCGGAUCAAAAUCAAAUACCCAGACCAGCACAUGCACACCGUGGUGCCCAAGAUGACGGACUUCAAGCCCAUCAUGACCGAGCAGGGCGAGCACGAGACGAAUGUGCGUCUACGUACCACCAUCCUGCUCUCGCACAGCGUGUGGACGGAGGCCUCGCUGGUGGAGAUCCAGCUGUGCCUGGCCGUUCGUCCUGGCAGCGAAUUGGAGCUCUGCAAGCCGGCCAAGGUCCUGUUUGCCCCGAAACCCGUGCGGCGAGGCAUUUAGCCUGACUCAUAUCGGGGGGAUGGUGAUCCCGACGUCGAUGGCGACGAGGGUCUGGCGCCGGAUGAGAGAGACGCUGCUGCAGGCGGGCGGCGGAAACGCCGAAAGGGCGGUGGAGUUCCGAAAUGACAAGGCCACGCAGCCGCUGAAGGAUAAAAAGGAUAAUCUGAAGAAGCUGAAGUAUUGUAGUGUGGUUAGUCAAUGAGGGAAUGUACGGAAUGUAUAGAAUAUGUAUUUUUCAAGUUUUCGAGUUUAUCAAAUAACAAAAUAGUUAUAUAAGA